AUAAUCGAAUGAAAUGGAAGAAAAUAGCUCACAACAAUCGAAUGAAAUGGAAGAAAAUAGCUCACAACAAUCGAAUGAAAUGGAAGAAAAGAGCUCACAACAAUCGAAUGAAAUAGAAGAAAAGAGCUCACAACAAUCGAAUGAAAUAGAAGAAAAUAGCUCAUAACAUUUGAAUGAAAUGAAAGAAUAUAGCUCACAACAAUCGAUUGAAAUGGAAGAAAAUAGCUCACAACAAUCAAAUGAAAUGGAGGAAAAGAACUCACAACAAUUGAAUCAAAUGGAGGAAAAGAGCUAACAACAAUCGAAUGAAAUGGAAGAAAAGAGCUCACAACAAUCGAAUGAAAUGGAAGAAAAGAACUCACAACAGUUGAAUGAAAUGGAAGAAAAGAGCUCACAACAAUCAAAUGAAAUUGAAGAAAAGAGCUCACAACAAUCGAAUGAAAUUGAAGAAAAGAGCUCACAACAAUCGAAUGAAAUGGAAGAAAAGAGCUCAGAACGGUCAAAUGAAAUGGAAGAAAAGAACUCACAACAGUUGAAUGAAAUGGAAGAAAAGAGCUCACAACAAUCGAAUGAAAUGGAAGAAAAGAGCUUACAACAAUCGAAUGGGAAUAAUAAUAAUUCAAUUGGACAACAAAGUUAUUCAAUUUCAAUCUAAAAAACAUAUAAACAAAAUAUCCUAUAAUACUUGUUAACUUGUUAAAGUUUUUUAUAAAACUCUUUUUGAUUAAAAAAGAAUUAAUUUUAUUCUACACUGACAUUUGGGGAGAAUGAAAUACGCAAAUAUGUGUGUUAUUAACACAACAGUUUGUUAAAAAAAAACUAAAAGCAAUCAAUACUAACAAUUUAAAAAAGCAAUCAAUAAUAACAAUUAAAAAUUCAAUCAAACAAAAUAAAUUCUUUUAUUUUUGUGAUAAUAUUGCGUCGUUUAGAGGUAUUAGAGGUUGAGUUGAGUUUUUAGUUGUGCGGCACUUUUUGGUGCAACAAAACUCAGUGCCUUUUAGGUAUCGCUUUGGUAUGCAUGUUUGACAUAGCCAAACCUUGCAAUUUGAAUUUUCACACUGGUACCGUUCCAUAUUUUGACUUACUGAAGCUUCGCCUAAAACUUUUCGGCACUUUUUACACUUAAAUU